GGUUCGAACAUUACGAUAGACUGAACUGCCUUUCAAAAAUAUGUAAUUGAAAAUCUCUGCGCAUCCGGUUUGCACUGAAAUUAUUACAACAUCUGCAAAUUUAUUGCUUUAAUGUAAAACUACGGGAUGUAUCCUCCUCUCCAGUGCAUUAUCAGGCUAACAUUAGCAUCUUCCAAGAUUUCCUAUUACACUUUUAACACAUUUUUUUAUAACUAGCCUCAUAAAAUGUAUCUUGUUUACUUUAUUUUCAGAUGUGGUGGUGAAGGAGGAGAGUAAAGAUGAGGAGAAACAUCAUGUUAGAAAUGAAGAAAUGACUAAAUCAGAGACUGAACAUAGUUUUUCAGUGACGCGAUCAGCCGUUAAAGGUUUCACCUGCACUCAGUGUGGAAAGAGUUACAGCUACAAAUGCGCUCUCAAUAUUCACAUGAGGAUCCACACUGGAGAGAAACCUUACAAGUGUUCACACUGCGACAAGAGAUUCUAUCGAUCAGGACACCUGAUAACACACGAGAGGAUUCACACUGGAGAGAAACCGUAUCACUGCACUGAUUGUGGGAAGAGUUACACACAAUCAUCUUCUCUACUGAGACACAGAAAACUCAUUCACAGCCUGGCUGUGAAGGAGGAGAGUGAAAAACGGAGUGAAGCCAAGAAGCUCCAUCUUAGCAUCCGUACAAAGGAGAAACAACAUUCAUGUUCUGAGUGUGGAAAGAGUUUUGCACGUCGAUCUUAUUUAAAGGACCAUCAGAAGAUCCACACUGGUGUGAAAGAGCAUGUGUGCUUUGAGUGUGGGAAGAGUUUUAUUAGAGUUAGAGCCUUGAAAGUGCACCAGAGGAUUCACAAUAGUGAGAAACCUUACAAGUGUUCACACUGCGACAAGAGAUUCAGUCAGUCAGAAUCCCUGAUAAUACAUGAGAGGAUUCACACGGGAGAGAAGCCGUUCACAUGUUCUCAGUGUGGGGGGAGUUUCAGACAAUCAUCAAAACUUAAAGAACACAUGAGGAUCCACACUGGAGAGAUAAACUACAAAUGUGAUUACUGCGGAAAAGCAUAUUUGAGGCCUUCAGAGCUGGAGAGACAUCUUAGAUUUCAUACAAGGGAGAAGCCUUAUUCCUGCUCUGAGUGUGGAAAGAGUUUUGCACAGACGUCACAGUUAGGUGCACAUCAGAAGAUCCACACCGGUGUGAAAGAGUUUGUCUGCUUUGAGUGUGGGAGGAGUUUUAAUAUAGCUGGAAACUUGAAACGACACCAAACGAUCCACACUGGAGAGAAACCUUACCAGUGUUCACACUGCGACAAGAGAUUCGGAUGGUUGGGAGACCUGAAAACACAUGAGAAAAUUCACACUGGAGUGAAAACAAACAAAUGUGAUCAAUGCAGCAAGACGUUUUAUAGGCCUUCAUAUUUGAAGAUCCAUCUUAGAGUUCAUACAAAGGAGAAGCCUUAAUCCCGUUCUUUGUUAGUAAAGAGUCUUACUUAUUAAUUAAAUUGAUCUCCUUAAUAGAAUACUCUGGAUCAUCAGUUUUCACAGUUAUACUUGUAAAUGUUAAUGAAUUCUAAUCAUUUGUAAAUUGGU